CCCGCGACGUCCGCAGAACGGCAGCCAAUCUUCCAGGCCGACAGACCCCCGGCCGACGCACGCGCGCAACGCCGCUCGGGCAGCGCGAUCCGCAGCCCCAAGCACAACAACAAGCUAGUGUACAGACACUGACCACCAUGAGCAGCAGCAGCAGCAGCUCCAGCAGCUCCGAUAGCGAGUCCUCGGACGACGAGGAGGUACCCGCUUUACCGGAAGCGGCCCUCGUGCCGUACGAGGACGCGGCGCCGGCACCCGCGCCCCGAUACGCGCCCGGCCUCCCGCCCUCGCGCGCGUCGCUCAAUUCAUUGCUCCGCCAGAGUUUGGAUCAUCGCACGGAGGCCCGUGUCAAGUUCGAGGCGGCCAAGGAUGCAUUGCGAAGCCUCGCCAAGUCGCAACGAGACGGUACCAUAUAUACGGCGCAAGACCCGCGCAUGGCCAUCAGCGCCGAGUACGACAUGAGGAGCGGAUUGGAGCCCUGGGGCCAAGUCCGACGACGACCGACGGUCAAGCCGAAGACCGGACCCCUCACGCUCAUCUUCGAAUUUUACGCGCGGAUGCAAGAGCCGGGCGCGCAGUUAGGUAAAGAUAGGACGAUGACGAUGAUCAAGGACUGCAACGAGCGGCUGUCGUUCUUCGAGGUCGUUUGUUUCGCGCGGGAUUUUGAUAUUGUGCCGAAACUCAUCACGAAGGCGACGCUCGCGUACCUCCACAAGGUGUCCUCGGCGCUGCCGAACCGGUCGGAAACGUCGCAACGAGAAGGCCAGGAUGUCCGAGAUGCGGGCUUCGACCUCGAGGAGUUCAACAUGUUGCUUGUACGCAUAGCAUUAGUUGCGUUUGCCGAACGGUCGGUAGGUGAUCCGGAGAUGGCCGUCCGUUGUAUCAUAAGAUGGAUGCAUCUCGACGACCCGCCGAAGGUGAGACAUGUCGUGCAUACGAGAGGCAGGCAAACGCAACGUCGAAUCAACUUUCGCAGCAAGGGUGAAGUUGACAACACUGCUGCAAAACGCGCCUUGCGAGACAAGAAGGAUGAAAUGCUGCUGCGGUUGAAGGCUCUCAGCCCAAAGCAUAAAGUAGAUUAUACGCGGAGCCAGGUGCAACGCGUCAAGGACUUCGACUACAAAGUCGACGACCUGACUAGAGUGAACAACUUGCUCCAAGUCAGUCAGCAGAUUUUACUGGCUUCUUUUAAAAAAGAUACGGCGAAAUUACUAGAUCCCUACGUGGCUUCUAAACCGGUUCAUCAUUGGUGCCCCUUCGACGACUGUGGCAUUGAUUGUGGUCGAGUGUUAUCUAACAUAACCUACGCUACAAGAAUCCACGUCUGCAAUCGUUCUGAUGAGACUUUGACCGUGUGCGGGCUGGAUAUUAGCGGAGAUGCUACAGAUGCGCUGUCGGCUCGGUUCGACCCGCGGCCCUUCGCCCCGGGGAUGACGCGCUUCGUCGAGCUGAAUGUACGACCGUCGAAUACGAUGGGCGAGUUCUCUUCUAUGGUAGAGCUGAAAAUUGGGAGAGAUAAAGCCCCCUCGAAGAACGUGAACGCGCUCGGGUCGCACGGCGACACUUAUGUCGCGGUGCCCGUCUUCUACCGCGUGGGCGGCCCGGGCCACGCGCCGCGGCGGCGGCCCGCGUCGGCCGGCGCGAUUCGCACGACGCUGCGCGUGCGCCGGUCCUUCAAGGCCGUCGUUCUAGAUCUGCCCGACCGCGUCGCGGGCGCGAUCAAGCCGCGGAUCAAGGCGACGGACUCCCAGUCGUCGCGGUCCGCGUCGCCGUCCGGGUCGUCGUCGUCGUCGUCUGACGAGGACGACGAGCCAAGGCCGGCCGGCGGGCAGGUGCUGCUUAAGGACCAAAUCUUUUAA